CCGUAUGUACCCAGCUUCUGAUCGAUCAUGUCUAUGACUGUUGCGUGUACAUGUAUUCUCAUCGUAUCUGCUCUAAUCUUUUCAUCGUCGGCAAUGCCGAUAGAGGAGCGGAAUUUCAAUGAGACCAUUGGAAAACCUCUAGGUGGUGUGUAUGGGGUCGAUGUUUCUCAACCGACCAGCCAGUCUGCAUUCAGUUGCCUGAAGAACAACGGCUACAGCUACGCUAUAGUGAGAGCUCAUUACAGCGAUGGGGGCGUUGACAAAAACGCUGUAGAGACGGUUGCAAAUGCUUGGUCUGCUGGAAUGUCGCAUGUCGACGUCUACUUGUUUCCGUGCUACAGCUGUGGAGAUCCUGGAGGUCAAGUAAGGGAAACAGUGGACUAUCUGAGAGACCAUGGAACCAAGUACGGCAUGUUGUGGCUGGACAUAGAACGAUCUAGCUGGUCCGGUGACAAAAGUGCUAAUCAAAAGUUUUUUAGUGACAUGCUGUUAGCAGCCAAAUUGAGGAAAGUAACAGGCGUGUAUACGUCCGAGUCACAGUGGAGCGAAAUUAUGGGAGACGACUAUACGAAAGGAAGUUCAUCUCAACUUUGGUAUCCGCACUAUGACAGCAAUCCUUCGUUUAGUGACUUUGAAUCGUUUGGUGGAUGGUCCCACCCUGCUAUAAAGCAAUACAAAGGUUCGUCUUCCCUUUGUGCAACAGGGGGCAUGGCUACCAGCGACAGCGUUCGCCUCAGAAGCGAAUUAGAGGCGCUAACGAGGUCUGUCGGUGGCCCUAUCAAGCCAGGAAAAGUAUUCAAAGGACAGAGGAGUAAGCCAUCUGCGAACAACUGUACUAUUCCGAGCAGAUACCAGACGAUUGUCUACGAGAACACCGAAAAGAAAGGAUUCACGACGAAAGCCCCACGAUUUGACGAUUACCUCAAUGUGAAUGAAAAUCCGGGUCCUGGCUCGUACAGAGUGCCGAAAGAAGCGAUGAAGCAGAAGGAUGAGUCAUCGUUGUCUAGGAGAGGAACAGGCAGCUGUGCGUCGAAGUCAGACAACCGAGGUUGGUGUCAAAGUAUUCUCAUCGUAUCUGCUCUAAUCUUUUCAUCGUGGGCAAUGCCAAUAGAGGAGCGAAAUUUCAAUGAGACCAUUGGAAAACCUCUAGGUGGUGUGUAUGGGGUCGAUGUUUCUCAACCGACCAGCCAGUCUGCAUUCAGUUGCCUGAAGAACAAUGGCUACAGCUACGCUAUAGUGAGAGCUCAUCACAGCAAUGGGGGCGUUGACAAAAACGCUGUAGAGACGGUUGCAAAUGCUUGGUCUGCUGGAAUGUCACAUGUCGACGUCUACUUGUUUCCGUGCUACAGCUGUGGAGAUCCUGAAGGUCAAGUAAGGAAAACAGUGGACUAUCUGAGAGACCAUGGAACCGAGUACGGCAUGUUGUGGCUGGACAUAGAACGAUCUAGCUGGUCCGGUGACAAAAGUGCUAAUCAAAAGUUUUUUAGUGACAUGCUGUUAGCAGCCAAAUUGAGGAAAGUAACAGGCGUGUAUACGUCCGAGUCACAGUGGAGCGAAAUUAUGGGAGACGACUAUACGAAAGGAAGUUCAUCUCAACUUUGGUAUCCGCACUUUGACAACAAUCCUUCGUUUAGUGACUUUGAAUCGUUUGGUGGAUGGUCCCACCCUGCUAUUAAACAAUACAAAGAUUCGACUUCCCUUUGUGGAGCUGGUAUCGAUGAGAAUUGGUAUCCUUGAAGCAGUUGGAACUUUCUUUCUUUGUCUUGAUGACUCGUGUCUCUUUUGCUGUUUAUUUCUUACAAUUGCAUUUGUCCGAUUUCUAUUUUGCAAAACAGUUUGCUGUUUAAUGUGACGUCAGCAGUCCUAGAAUUUGUGCAGCAGCUGUAAGUCCAAGAAAGUACUGUACUAAAAUCAAUUUUAAACUUGCUGUGACUGUGUAUGGUUUUUUGCCAUCGCUGUGUCGUAUAUGGCAUGGUUACAAUUUUAUGUAAAUGUUUGCAUGCGCUGAA